UAGCGCGUAGGGCGCGUAGUGAAAAAAAUUCCAAAUUUUGGCAAGAAAUCACCCAAAUUUAAUCUAAUUAAUUAAUUUGGAGUCGAGUAGAAGUUAAGUGAAAGAAGUUACACGGAAGUGGAUACAAAUAUUCAAUUAUGGAUGCGGCAACGUUGAAUCGAUUACUCACCGGAGAUUACGCGCAACUUGGGGCGGGUCUGGACCAGUUCAACAAACAGCACCAGCAGAUUUUCAACUUCUCGCACCUGACGACCUCGGGCCAGUGGGUGCUGCUGUGGAACAGGUUGUUCGAAUACUUGGCCGACGCGGAUAUGCCCGAGCACCGGGAGGACUGUCUGGUGGCGAUCAAGCUGCUCAGUCGCGACAAGACCUACCUGAACGAGACGGUCCGGGAGCAGCAGCUGGCUUGUUUGCUCGGUUUGGCAGGGAUCGGUGGCGAAAGCUGCCAGUGCCGAGCGAGCGAAGAGGUCCAGGUGGAAGCGUUGAAGUGCUUGAGCAAUUUGAUUUUCCAGAGCAGCAAGUGCCAGGAGCUGUGUCUGAACAAUUCUUUCACCGAGGGCAUUAUGCGGAGGAUCAAAACUUACAAGGACGGAAAUGUUUGCUAUGAUAUUAGAUACUUUGAUAUGAAGUUGCUGUUCCUACUAACGGCAAUCAACUGUGAUAUUCGAGCGAAGGUUCGAGAGGAACUGCAUGGAUUGGUGUACCUGGUGGAAACGUUGGAUCUGUUCAUGGGACAGGCAGCCGAAGCGAAGGAGUUUAGCGACAAAGAUCUCGAGUUGAUUAAUGAAGUGCUGAAGGUUCUGUUCAAUUUAACCGUUCGCACACCCUUGAAUGCCGUUCCGGAGGAAGAAGAAGCCAAUCAAUUCCAUCGUUUAGCAGUAGUCGUUCACGAUCUAUUCUUCUAUCGCACCCUGAAUCGAGAUAAGAUCAUUUCUCUCCAAUCGAACAUUGUCAAUCUCCUAACCAGUGUUCCGGUCAGCUGUUAUAGCGAGCUUGUCUCACCGUUGAACCCGGAAGAUCUGGAUUCCAAAACCGUUGUGCCAUUCGAAGGAAAGAACGUGUAUGUCCUGCACGUGCUGGUGGAGUUUCUGAGACGGGUUUUCCAAAAAUCAGAAAAGAAGUCCGAUCAGUACGAACUGUUGUCGCCUAUUCUGACGGUCCUGAUCAAGACGAUUCGAGCGACGGCUCUGAACCGGCGUUACGUUCGAUCGGAAGUGCUUCCUCCUCUGAAGAACGUAAAAGAACGACCGGAAGUCGGCACGGAGCUACGCAACUACCUUUGCUCGCUGCUAACGAGCCCGAUCACUCAAAUUGCCGACUUGUCCGCGGAAUUGCUCUUCGUCCUGUGCAAGGAAAACGUCGGUCGGAUGAUCAAAUACACGGGCUAUGGCAAUGCGGCCGGUCUGUUUGCGAAUCGUGGUUUGCUGGGCGGCCGCCAGGGCAAUACGGAACAGUAUUCGUCCGAUUCCGAGGACAGCGAUACGGAAGAGUACAAACAGAUCCAGCAUGCCAUCAAUCCGGUGCUGGGCUGCUACGAACCACCGAAGCCGAACCCGCUGGAAGGCAUGUCCGAGGAGCAGAAGGAGUACGAAGCGAUGCAAUUGGUGGCACUGAUGGAUAAACUGCAGCGACAGGGCAUCGUUCAGCCGUGCAAGAUCGGCGAGGACGGGCGGCCGCAGCCGGUGGAUCAUAUCAUGGAACUGCAGGACGAGAUUCCCGAACAGCAGCGCGAUCAUAAGCGAAAAACCUAAAGCUUCCAAGAAAGGUAAGUAUCGUGGUUUCAGUAUUUAUUCGAGUCCUAGCUUCGAAUCGUAGCUGAGUGUAUUUAUGUGUUCUUCGCGUGGAAGUCGAACAAAGUUAUUCCAAAUAUUCUGCUACUACUGUUAGGGAAAUGUUUCUGUCUAUGGAAGUCUUACUCAAAGCUGGCAAAUCUAUACAUUAUUGUGUAACCGAAGAUGAAUAAUUCUAUCAGAGCUGCUGUUGUGUAGAUGUUGAACAACGUUUUUCCCACUUCUGAUGUGCGCAUUUUUAAUCAACUGAAAAAUUUCCGUUUCGAAACCAAUCGUGAUAAAUGUGUUUCCGUACAGUAGAGCAGUCAGUAUAGAGUUCAGUUUUAUUUAUUGUCUAUUGUUCUGAGCGGGGAAAAUAGAU